CGCGGUCUCUGUUUUGCUCAAGCAUAAGUUCCAGUUAUAGGCACACAAGCUUCGAUUGAUCAUUUCAAGUUCACCACUCAUCGAGCUCUCUUCCACGGCCUCUCCUGACCACUGAGUUGUACCGCAUCUUCCUUGCCAUCCAAGCGCUGCUCUUGUUCCGACACUGCCCAUCUCAUUCGGGCGCUGCCACAGCCUCUUUCACUUGUACUGGGAUCUUGGACAACCACUGGCCGGCGCCACCCCCAGCUUUGUUUCUUGUUCGUCCCCCAGGCGGGAGAGCCCAGUAAGGAACAACGACGGGGUUGGUCAAGCAGUGAAUCUGAGGCAACCGGGCUUGCAUUGCGGUGUUGGUUACAGGAUCGGUCAGGAACAGUAUAGUAGUAGGCACUGCAGUGGUCCGACUCCCCCCAAGCGCACCUUUCAGGUUCAAGCACAAGUUUGGCUGGACUGGACUGAUUGCACCGCUGCCCGCCUGCUGCUGUUGCAUUGCUGGACUAGUAGUGCGUGACUACGUGACAGGCUGCGUGACAGACUGCGCUGUCUGUCUGUGUCUGUCCGCCUUCUGCCAACUCCGACUCCAACACUGCACUGCACUGCCAGUGCACCGCAGCGUCCUGCCCUGUCUUGCCCUGCCCGUGCCAUCUUGCUUCAGUCAGGACACGACACUGGCACGACACCAUCACCACCACCACCUCCUCCUCCUCCUCUGCCGCUGCCGCCACCUCCACUAUUGUGAUACUGCACCGUACUUGCCAGCUCUGUCUCGAUCGGAGGAACCAUGGACGUGAAUGCCGAUGUCCACGGCUCCAGCACUUUCAAGCGACGUCGAGCAACACUGACCAAGAAUCCUCCACCCUCCGCCUUUCACUUCACUCAAUCGCUACGCAAACCUCAGUCGUCCGCAGCCCUUCAGCGAGCGCCCUCAGCUCCUCAUCCUCGGAGUCAGACAGCGUCACAGUCGUACCGCGAUCCUCACCAGAGAACUCAGUCCUCCGCCUUCGCUUCCUCAACCUCGUCUCUGGAACACUCAAGCAGAGAUCAGUCCCCCACCAUACCAUCCUCCGACUCCUUCACAACCACGGCCAACUAUCCUCACAGUCCUGCGAGCUCUGAUGACCGUCACAAGGAUUUGAUCGGUGCGCCCUUCGAUGCCUCAGGUCUCCUCUCGUCCUUCCAAGCCGUUACCAUGAACGAAAAACAGAAUCAAGAUGCGCAGUCGCCGCAAGCGCCCCCAUUCAACCACUACAACACUAGCCCCGAUCUACGACAACAUCCUUUACGAACCUCACAGACAAUGGGCCCUGCGGGCAUCGCCUUGAUGGAAGUCACUCCCCCAAAAUCAGAGAAUGGUAUUAUGAGUCCCAAGCGGUUCUCAGGGGAUGGUCAAUCGAAACCACCUGGACCCUUUCGCAAGAAGAGCGGUUUCUCCACAUUUGUCAAUAACAUGCUCGGCUCGCCGAGGACAAUCAAGAUCUCAGCGCCCGAGAACCCCUUACACAUCACCCACGUUGGUUAUGACAAUCAGACCGGGCAGUUUACGGGACUCCCUGCGGACUGGCAGAGGAUACUGUCCGACAGCGGAAUUUCAAAAAAUGAGCAGGAGCAGAACCCCCAGAUGAUGGUGGACAUUGUUGAGACAUAUCGAAAGAACCUCGGCGACACAGACGACGGCGUUUGGCAUAAGUUCGACCAUGCUAAGCUGUCAGAUUCUCCCCAGAGCGCGGGCAGCAGUGAUCAGGGUCCUGCACUCAAUACUCCAAGUGCUGGGUCCGGUUCCACUGCAUACUCGCCCAUUGUUGGUAUGAUCUCUCCGCCAGCGAGUCCACGGUUCCCGCAGAAUCAUGAAGGGAGUUUUGAACAUCCUCGUGCACCACCUCCUGUUCCCAAGGGUGUCUCCGCAGGUCAUGUAACUGGCCUCAGACCUCAACAAAACCCCAUACUGUUGCCAAAUCGCGUGGCUCCCAGACCUCCCCAGCAGAAUCCGCGAGAUUUGGUGCCGGCACGGGCAGCUCCGUCACCUGCUAUCAUGCGAGAAUUGCCGUUGCGGCCGUCGGAGGAACAGCCAGCAAACCAACAUUCGGCAGCUGCAACUCCGAUGUCACCACCACCUGGUCCGACAGAUGCAGCACGCAAUCGUUCAGAUUCGAGAGCCGCAGGGCUGACUGCUACCCGGACGCAGGCAGCAAUCCAGUCCCCGGCCCAAUACCAGCAGCAGCAGGAGCAGGCAAUGGCUCUGGCCCAACAAGCCAUUCAGAGCAAGCAACUUGACCGUAGUCGGAGUCAACGCCAGGUCACUCAGGGAGCCCCUGAGGUCCCGCCCAAGGUGCUUCCGCAGCAGCACAGCCCUAAUGUCCCACAAACACAGUUCGCUUUGGCAGAGUCUCCUGCUUUACAAGGCACACAGCAGAUGGCCACCGUUGGGCCUGCCCCAGGACCAAGACCUCGCACUAGGCGACAACAGAGCAAUAUGAUAGACAUCACGACCAGGUUGAAAGCUAUCUGCAGCCCGGGAGACCCAACUAUCAAAUACACCCAUCUUAACAAGAUUGGACAGGGAGCAUCUGGAGGAGUUUUCACAGCGUAUGAAGCUGGCACCAAGAGAUGCGUCGCGAUCAAGCAAAUGAACUUGGAGCAACAACCUAAAAAGGAUCUCAUUAUCAACGAAAUCCUGGUGAUGAAAGAUAGCAAGCACAAGAACAUCGUGAAUUUCAUAGACAGCUACUUGCAUGAUGGUGACCUCUGGGUGGUGAUGGAAUACAUGCAGGGUGGAAGUCUUACCGACGUGGUGACCUUCAACGUUAUGAGCGAACCUCAGAUCGCCGCUGUCUGCAGAGAGACAUUGUACGGAUUGCAGCACCUGCACUCAAAGAACGUGAUCCACCGAGACAUCAAGUCUGACAACAUCCUGCUUUCGGAAAGAGGCGACAUCAAGCUCACCGAUUUCGGGUUCUGUGCUCAAAUAAAUGAGACGCAGAACAAGCGUACGACUAUGGUCGGCACCCCGUAUUGGAUGGCUCCCGAAGUUGUGACUCGGAAAGAGUACGGUCGAAAAGUUGACAUCUGGAGCUUGGGUAUCAUGGCCAUCGAAAUGAUCGAGGGGGAACCGCCUUACUUGACUGAAUCGCCCCUGCGAGCCUUGUUCCUGAUUGCCAAAUACGGAACCCCACGCAUCAAGGACGAACAGGCGCUUUCACCAGACUUUCGGGACUUCUUACAUUUCGCCCUGAGGGUAGAGCCAGAAAAGCGAGCAAGUGCUCAUGAUUUGCUACAUCAUCCUUUCCUCCAGAAUUGCGCACCCCUUACCAGCCUUGCCCCGCUUGUGCUAUCUGCUCGCGAAAGCAGGGCAGCCGAGAAGGCCAGUCGGGGACACUGACUGAUAUCUCUUUCCGGAGAUCCUGUACAACUAAACGGAAUGCUACCUGUGGUUCGGAGGGGCGCUGCUGCCAGCAUACCAUCGAACGAUAUCCCCCGAACUUCAGCACGUGAACAUCACACGGCAGCAACACUUUUACACCCCUUCGACCAGAUUCGCAAAGACUCUCUACCGCGAGCUAAUUGGUGUUUCUGGAACGUUUUGGUGAUACCCUUGACAUGACGAUUGGGUCAACCGACAUCGAACUACUCCGAGGUCUUUCCGUCUUCUUUUCCGCUCAUAACGCCGAGAGAGAGGACUUUGCAAUUGUUUAUUUACGAGAUUCAAGGAAGCUUUACGACUACACGAAUAGCUGGCCACGGAGUUCGGCCGAUCAGGCUUUUGGACUGUCUUGUGGCUAUUUCAGGGCGUAGAUACCCUGCUUUCGGGGCAAUAUCUAGAGGGCUGGCAGGAGGCGCAAAAGACGAGCGAGAGACUGGACACUUUGGUGUGUAUCAGCAAAGACAUGAGCUAUGUAAACGACAGUGCCUCCGAAGAAUAAGAAAUGCCUUUAGCGUAGUAGGCCGCGCUAAUGUGCAUCCCAUGCCAGGUGACACGUAACGAUCUCAACUACUAUUAUGGUAUUUUGGUGUGUACCUAGGUACGUUGCCUUGUGAUAGCGGCCAGCACAACUAUAUUCAAGUCGUAGUAGAGGUGUGGCUGUGCUGGAUCUAAUCUGUGGCGCCGAGUUGCUCGCCCGCCUCUUUUUGCGUCACC